UCGACAGCAGCGGCGGCCGCGGGACUGCUGCUCCUCCCAGCAUCCUUGGCGCGGCCAUUUCAGCCCCAUCUUGGCCGAAGGGAGGGAGCUGCAGCCGCCGCUUCAGCAGUUUGAAUUUCAGUUUCUUCAGGGUCUGCGGACCGGGCAUACCGAGGAGGAGCCGAAGAAGCUACAGCCACUACCACGCACAACCGGAGCGCCUCCGCUCUCCGGCUAGCCGGCCGCCGCCCCUCACUCUUUCAGGAGCUGAGAGGGGAGGCCGGGAGUGCCGCCGCCGCCGCCCGCGGGGGUGGCUCCCCCUGUAAGGGGCGGACCGAGCCGGCUUUCUCCUCCCUCCCCCGGAGCGGGUUUCCGCCAGAGACGGUCGACAUGUCCCUGGGGCAGUGCUUCGGCUAGUGCCGGGGAGGGAGGGCCGCCUGCCCAAAGACCUUCAGCCAGCCCCAGCCCGUGCUUGUUGGCUGAAUCUGAAAACCCCGGCUCAGGACUCGCCGCUCCUUCUUUUCAGCGUCCGGGAGCCCGGAGCUGACGCCGGCUUCAGCCAGAGGAGACCGAGCGGGGCAGCACCGCCCCUCACGCCGCCGCCUCCUCCCCCUCCUCCCCCAGCGCCCUCCCACUCCCACCCCCCAGCCAAGGCCUGCUGACCGCGCGGAGCUCGGAGCUGGACUGACCGCGGCGGCCCGGGGACGGGAGAAGGAAGCAGCUGGACCGCCCCUGGGAUCGCUCUUUAGCCUCCACUGAGGGGAUUGAAUUGAGGCGCCGCCGCUGCGGGAGGCGAAAAAGGAGGAGGUGGAGCAGACGCCGCGCGAGUGAGACGGGGGCAGAGCUGAAGAGACCGACACAGAAGGAAACGGCGAAGAGGAUGUCUCACAGAGCGGCGGGCGCCCGGAUCAGCCCUUGACUCUCCCUGCGGCGGGCCUCAGACCCCGGCGCGGAAUCGGACUUUGUCUUUGGGGGCCCGUGCUCUGCCCUUCCUGGUGUUCAGCAGGUUCACAGAGGAGCCGGAGUGCCCCUCUGCCCUCCAGCCUUCCUCACCAUGUCCAAGAUGCCGGCCAAGAAGAAGAGCUGCUUCCAGAUUACCAGUGUCACCACAGCCCAGGUGGCCACUAGCAUCACCGAGGACACCGAGAGCCUGGACGACCCGGACGAGUCACGCACCGAGGAUGUCUCCUCUGAGAUAUUCGACGUGUCUCGGGCCACGGAUUAUGGCCCUGAGGAGGUCUGUGAGCGUAGCUCCUCUGAAGAGACUCUCAACAAUGUUGGAGAUGCGGAGACUCCCGGAACGGUCUCCCCAAACCUCCUCCUGGACGGGCAGUUGGCGGCCGCGGUGGCAGCCCCCGCCAACGGAGGAGGAGCCGUUUCGGCCCGGAGCGUGGCUGGGGUGCUGGCCAAUACUCUGGCGGCGGCCGCCACCUCAGUCCCCUCCUCGGGGGCACCUGGAGCCCCCCCAGCCACAGGUUCAGCUGCGGGGCCAGGGACUGCAGCCCCAUCGCAGCCCCCCACCACUUGUAGUUCCCGUUUUCGCGUAAUCAAGCUGGACCACGGGAGCGGGGAGCCUUAUAGACGCGGUCGUUGGACGUGUAUGGAAUAUUACGAGCGGGAUUCCGACAGCAGCGUCCUGACCAGGUCCGGGGAUUGCAUUAGGCACAGCAAUACUUUUGACCAGACUGCGGAUCGGGACAGCGGACUGGGCGCCACCGGAGGGUCGGUGGUGGUAGUAGUAGCCUCCAUGCAGGGGGCGCACGGGCCCGACUCGGGAACUGACAGCUCCUUGACUGCUGUGUCACAGCCACCCCCGUCGGAGAAAAUGAGCCUGCCCGCUCCGGCCUCAUUGCCGCCGCCCGUAGGUGGGGCUGUGGCUCCAGGGUCCGCUCCGAUGCCGCGGUUCUCGGGAGCCGUGGCCGGUCCGCAGCAAGUGAUGGCAGCCCCGCAGUCCAGCCAGACCCAGGGAACCAAUGGACAGAAUGUAACCCUUGCGCAGCCCGCCAUGUCCCUGCCUCCGCAGCCUGGCCCGGUUGCCAGCGCUUCUACGACGCAGCAACCCCAGCAGUUUGCGUAUCCCCAGCCUCAGAAUCCGCCGGGGCAUUUGCUGCCGGUCCAGCCUUCCGGUCCGAGUGAGUACCUGCAGCAGCACGUGGCCGGCCUGCAGCCGCCGAGCCCCGCACAGCCGUCGGCCACCGGUGCAGCCGGAGCGAGCCCCGCCGCGGCGGCCAACCUUCCGGUGGGCACUGGCCAGAAUGCCUCCUUGGGGGCUGCGCAGAUCAUGAGUUCUUCCCUGCCCAGUGAAGCCGUGGCUCCGGGUCCGGGACCCGCGCCAGGUGGACUGGCCGCACCUUGUCAGCCAGCUGGAGUUCCCCCGGCCGCUCUAGGAGGCGUGGUGCAACCGGGCCUGGUUCCUACCGGGGCCGGGCAGCCCCAGUCCGCGCCUCCGCCUCUUAUGGGAGGCAGCGGUGCGCCGUCAACCGGGCCUGGUGGCCCUCACGCCUUGGUGCCCGGACCUUCAAACGUGCCUGCCACUGUGCCCGCUCCAAGCGUGCCUAGUGUGUCUACCACUUCUGUUACUAUGCCAAAUGUACCCGCGCCCCUGGUCCAGUCGCAGCAGCUGAGCAGCCAUACGCCAGUCAGCAGGAGCGGCAGCAUAAUCCAGCAAGGGCUGUCUUUAGCGCAAGGUACACCCAGUGCACCAAGUCUACCACAGUCUGACUUAAGCCAGUUUCAGACUCAGAUCCAGCCUUUAGUCGGGCAAGUUGACGAUACUAGAAGAAAAUCAGAACCCCUACCUCAACCACCACUUUCUCUCGUUGCUGAAAAUAAGCCUGUUGUGAAGCCUCCUGUUGCAGAUGCCCUGGCAAACCCCCUUCAGUUAACACCUAUGAACAAUUUGGCCACCUCUGUAUUCAGCAUAGCUAUUCCUGUUGAUGGUGAUGAAGACAGGAAUCCUUCAACUGCUUUCUACCAAGCGUUCCAUUUGAACACGUUUCAGGAAUCAAAGAACCUCUGGGAUAGUGCAUCUGGGGGAGGUGUUGUAGCCAUUGACAACAAAAUAGAACAAGCAAUGGAUUUGGUGAAAAGCCAUUUGAUGUAUGCAGUAAGAGAAGAAGUGGAAGUUCUAAAGGAACAAAUAAAAGAAUUAGUUGAAAGAAACUCUUUACUUGAACGAGAAAAUGCACUGUUAAAAUCUCUUUCAAACAAUGAUCAAUUAUCCCAACUCCCAGCCCAACAGGCCAAUCCUGGUAGCACUUCUCAACAGCAAGCAGUGAUAGCACAGCCUCCGCAGCCAGCGCAACCUCCACAGCAGCCGAAUGUCUCCUCAGCAUAAAGCUUUCUUGCCUCAUUAAGAAAAAAACUGAAAGCAGUCUAUCUUGUGUGCCACUGGUGUUCUUUCCACUUUAUACGAAAGCAAGUAGCCAUGCUUCGGUUGUGUGUUUGGCCUUUUCAGUAUUAGACAAUCAUUCUACAAGAGCUUUUCCUCUCUUUGAGAUGACAUGCAGCACUGUUGAUGUCCAGCUUUACGUCAUCAGUACACAAGGAGAAUAAUAAUUGGGGUUUAUGAAAGCAAGCAAAGUCUGCCUUUUACCUGGUGGGCAUGAGUGGGGUCUUUUAAGAGCUUUGGUGGCUCUUCCGUGUUUCUAUUACAUGGAUUUACCCUGAGCCUUCCUAUCAUAUUAUAAAUAACAGUUCAUCUAAAGAGCCACUUUUCUUUCAAUAUCAGUAACAUUUGCCUAUAUAAGUUUUCAUUUAUUUGUGUUUUAUUUAUUACAGGGCUGCUAUUUUCAUAAUGUACAUGAACAAUGUCACAGAACUUUUUUAAUUUUUUGAAUAAUUAUAAGUAUCAGUAAAGGAAUUGAAAGACAGGAUUGCAUUUAAUAGAUAAAAUGUUUAGGCAAUAAUUGAACAAAAGAAUCCUGGCAUAUUUCUAACACUAAUGGCAAUUUACCUUCGGUAUUUAUUUUUAGUAGUGAAGACCCAGCUUGAAUGUAAAUUUUGUAUAGUGUAAGUAUGAAGAACAUAGUGCAACUGUACAGGUAGUCACCAGUUAUUGUGAUAUAAUAAAUAAUUGGGCUAUUUUGAUGAAGAAAACUUUGUUCAUUUGUUUCUACUUUCUAAUAGAAAAAUUGCCACGAUUCCUCUGCUUUUUGACAUUUCGUAUGACUUUUUUUUGAGAGGGUGGGAAUAAAAAGCUGUGAAAUUGUUCAACCUACUUUGUAACCAAAGAAGCAAAGCUGUGUAAUGGAGUUUUUGUUUGUUUUUUUAUAUAUAUAUAAUGCACAUUCUUUGUUUUUUUUUUUUUUUUUAGUGUUUUCUUGGUCACAAUUUUCUUUACUGUCUAGCAUGAUCUGCAUGACCUAUACUCUUUGAACCACUUUCGUACCUCAUGUUUUUAUCCAGCACUCUUAUUGUAAUAUGUACUAGUCUGUGAACAAUGUCAAAUAAAAAAGAACGAACAGGUAGUAUGGUGGAGCUGAGCUAGUGUACUAUACACUAGUUGUAAAAUACAAAAAAAUUAAGUGAGCCAUCUUUUGUUCAUUUAAAAUGGUGUUUUGAAUUUCGUAUGCAGAAAACGUUUUGUUACAUUGCAGAUUUUAAUGUAUUUAAUAAAUGCAACUUGCAGAUAAAGUGCAGUGUAUACUGAGUAUUUAAAUUAAAAUGUACAUUUCAUAAAUACAGUUUCAAGAGAAAGCAUCAUUUUGUGUAUACUAACACAUUAAGUGUAUAUGUCAGAAAUUGAUGUAUAAAUAUAUAUUUUAACACAUUUUCUGGAAUUAAACUGCAGUUUUGUUGAAA